AUGGCAAAAAAAAAUAUAAAAAACAUAAUUCCAACUGAUGCUUUUAGAAAACAACAAAAAAAAAAAGAAAAAAAAAAAAAGAAAAGGGAAAGAGCUUUACAGCUAGAGAAUAUUAUAAGUAAAAAAAAUCCAUACAUAGUUAAAGAAAAAUUAGAUGCCUUUAGAAAAAAAGAAAAACAAGGAAAAUUAUUACCAAUUGAAAAAAACAAAUUAAAACAAUAUGAACAUUUAUGGAAUUUAAUAAAAGAAAAAGUAAAAAAUAAAAAUUAUUUUUAUAAUAAUAAUGGAAAUAUAUAUAGCAUAAAUGAAAACAAUAAUAAUGAAAAUAAAAAUUUAGAUGAAAAUGAAAUUUGCGAAAAUACAUUAGAACAUAAUUAUGUUGAACCUAAAAGUGAUAAAAAAUUAAAUGAAUCAAAUCUUAAUACUUAUAAUUCUGAUUCCCAAGAUGAUUCUGAUUCUCAAGAUGAUUCAGAUGAUUCUUCUUCUUCACAUGAUACUUGUGUAGAAAAUGUAAAAAAUGAUAAUAUAUAUAUUUCAAAAAAUGUAGAUGAUUUAAAAUCAAAAAUAAAAAAUGAUGAUGAAGAUGAUUUUUUCUUAGAAUCAUUGCCUUCAUUGCCUAAAGGGUUACCUGAUAAUCUAAUAGAGAUUUUAGAAAAUUCCAAUAUUAUUGAAAAUAAUCACUUUAGUAAAAUUAAUGAAAAUAUAUAUAAAAAUAAUACAAAAUACAUACCUCUUAAUGUAACUAAUUUCAAUUAUAUAUAUAGUAAUGAACAAAAUAAUCUCACAAAUUAUUAUAAUUCGCAUGCAUAUUUACAUCAUAAUUCUUGUAAUAAAAACAAAUUCAUAUAUAUAGAUUCUAAUAAAGAAAAGAAUAAUAUGGAAAAUUUUGAAAAUGUAAAAAAUAAUUGUAAUAAUGACGAAAUAGAUAAAAAAACAUUAAGUGAUGUAUAUAGAAACUCAAGUUAUUACUUAACUAGCGAAACAAAUAAAGUAGUAUCUAAUUAUCAAAAUUAUCCUUUAAAUAACAAUAAUAAAAACAUCAAUAUUAAAAAUAAUAAUAAUGUAAAUGACAUCUUUAAUAAUAUUACUAAUAAUUAUACUGGUGAUAAUAAUAAUAAUAAUAGUAAUAAUAAUAAUAAUGAUAAUGAUAAUAAUAGUAAUAACAAUGAAAAUAAUAAUAAUGAUAAUAAUAAUAAAAAUAAUGAUAAUAAUAAAGAUGAUAGUAAUAAUAAUAAUAAUAAUAAUAAGGAUGAUAGUAAUAGUAAUAAUAAUAAUAAGGAUGAUAGUAAUAAUAAUAAUAUAAAUAAUGUUACUAAUGAUAUUAAUAGUAACUCUAAUAUUUUAAUUUCAAAUUUAAGCAUUGAAAAUAAAAACAAAGAAAAUUUUUUUUCUGCGAAUUAUAAUUCAAGUCAUUUAAAGGAUAAAAAUAAUUUAAAUUAUUCUAACAAUUUUAAUAAUUGUUAUAAUAAUAUAGAAAAUAAUUUAAAUGUUUAUACAUAUAAUAGUAAUUACGAUUAUUUGAAUACUGCUUUUAAUAAUAAUAUUAAAACCAUUAACACUAAUACUUAUAACAAUUUAAAUUAUAAUAGUAAUUACAAUUAUAAUUAUAAUUAUAAUAAUUUAAAUAAUAAUAACUAUUUAAUUCCAUUACAUAACAAUAUGAACAAUAAUUUUCAUAAUAAUUUUCAAAAUAAUUUUCACAAUAAUUUUCAAAAUAAUUCUAAUGAUUUAAAAAACUAUGUAGAUAAAAACAACAAUUUUAAUUACAUGAAUAUGAAUAAUAACAUUUAUUAUUCUGGAAAAAAAAAUGGAAAAACAAAAGAUAAUUAUAAUACAUCAAAUUAUGAUUUACAUAAAAAAAAGAUAAAUAAUUCACAAUUAAAUUCAAGUAUAAAUAAAUCAAAUGUAAAAGAAGAGGAAAAAAAACAAAAUACCCACUAUUUUGUACCUAUUAAUUUAAGAUUAAAAAAUAAAUUAGAUGACGUAUGCGAAACAAAAAUUAACAUAAUUAACAAAGAAAAUUAUAAUAAUGAUAAAAACAUUAAUAUAGAUCAAGAAUAUAAUAAGUUUAUAAAAGAAGUUGAUUUACAUUAG